GGCUCAGCAUUGCUAGCUUCUGGACCUUGGCCGCUUGGCCACCAGCCGCAGCCAGCGGCGCGCGGCAGGGAGGAUGGCUCGCUGUGUGGGGGUGGACCUAGGGGUGGACUGCGUAGUGGCAUCCUCCUCGGUGGAGGAGAAGGCGGCCAUCACCAUUAACACCAACGACGUGUCGGGCCGCAACACCCCAGGCUUCGUCUCCUUCGACAGCAAGCUGCGGCACGUGGGCGUGAACGCCCAUGGGCGGCUGAUGGUGGCGCCCAAACAGACACUGAGCCACCUGGCGCUGGCUCUUUCCCCAGAAAGCCUGCAGAAGAGGAAGGAGGCCUACCAGUGGCUUUUUCCUUUCCAGGAGGACGGGCAGCUAGGCCCCGUGAGCUUCGAUGGGGAGGAGUUUGCGGUUCGGCCCUGCGGGCCUUUGGGGGUGCUGCUGCGGACCCUGAGCGGCUAUGCGACCGGGUCCGAGAAGCCGCAGCAGCUGUGCGUGGCGGUGCCGGACUACUUCACCGACAGCGAGCUGGCGGUGGUUUUGGAUGCCCUGCACCUGGCGGGCCUCAAGGAGAAUGCCUCGCUGCUGCGGCACUCCGCGGCGAUCGCGGCGGCCUUUGUGCACAGCCAAGGCGGCAACCUUUUGCCGGAGGGCACUGACGAGCGAACGGUGGGCUUCGUAGACAUCGGCUCCUCCCAUGGCACAGUGUCAGUGGUCAAGUUCGUUCGGAAGGAAGAGGGUGAGGUGGGAGCAGAGAUCCUUUACAAGUGCAGCGAGGAGACUAUGGGCGUGCAGGCCAUGGUGAACUGUUUGCUGAAAGAGGCGGUCUCUCGCAUUGAGCAGAAGCACAAGUGCAAGGUGAAGCUGGGCACAAAGUGGGGCCUGCGUUUGGCCAACGAAGUGAUGCAUGCCCUGAAGCACCUCAGCAUGCUGCCGGACGCCGAGAUCAGCUUGGAGGCCUUCCUGCCAGAGGGCCCCGAGGGCCCGGAGAUCGACAUCAAGGUCCCGGUGACUCGAAAGGUCUUCGAGACCUGCGCGGAGGCCGUGCUGAAGCGGCUCAAGGAGGUGCUAGCGGCGGCCAUGGAGUUUAAGCCCGAGGCCUUUGAGCUGGUCGGGGGCGGCGGCCGAAUCCCUGCCGUGCAGACCUUGGUGAAGGAGGCAGCGCUUGAAGCGCCGGUGCGCUUCGGCCUGGACGGGGCGGGGUGCGUGGCCCAGGGCGCGGCCGCCCAUGCGGCUGGGAAGCGGGUGCUGGAGCCUCUGGACGUGCCCAUGGCAGGCCUUGCCACUGAGGAGCUGGAAAGGAUAGGGGAGAAGGAGGCGAAGAUUGAGGCAACUCAUAGCGAGGAGCUGCAACGGCUGGAGAAGAAAAAUGCCUUAGAGUCGUACGUGUACCAAGUCAGAGAUUGGCUGAAUGGCAAGGACGGAUCGCUGCUGAAUCCCGAGGUGGUUUCCCCUUACCUGGACAAAGUCGUGCUGUGGUUCGAAGAUGCCAAUAUGGCGGAGGAGGACACACCGUUCCAAACCUAUUCUGACAAGCUGCAGGAGGUGGAAGACUUUGUCAAGAAGGAGGGCGCGGCCUAUUUCGAGAAGAAGGCAAAGGACUUCGAAGAGCAGGAGAAGGAGAUCGAAGCAUCCGCCGCGGCGGAAAGGGAAAGGAGGAAGGAGCUGGGGAUGGACUUCGACAAGGACGAGCGGGUCAUGAAGAAGGAGGACCGCAUUCGGCUGGCACAGAAGAACAAGGACGAAGGAAACGACAUGUUCAAGGCCCAGAAGUUCGACGAUGCGGUGCGGAGAUACAAGAAGGCCAUAGAGCAUGUGACCCGGCCAGAGGUGGUCAGCAAUCUGACGCCUGAUGAGGCAGAGGAGGCCAAGAAGAUCAAGGUGUCGUGCCAUCUGAAUAGUGCCCAGUGCUACAUCAAGGCCGGCGAGGCCGCAACAGCACAGCAGGGCAAGAAUGCGGCGGAGCCUUUCUUCAAGAAGGCUCGGACCUCUUGUGAUGAUGUUCUGGAGCUGGAUGCCGGCAGCAUCAAGGCCAUCUUCCGGCGGAGCCUAUGCUACGAGAAGCUUGGCGACCUAGAAGAUGCCCUCAAGGACAUCAAGAAAGGUCUCGGGGUUUCUCCUGAAGACGCGGACCUCAAGAAGUCCCAAGACCGCUUGCAGAAGCUGCUGAACAAGCAGAAGGAGGGGCAGAAGAAGGUCUUUUCCAAGAUGUUCGGCUGAUUAGCGCCAUUAUUCUCGAAAACUGCGCUCAGCGCACAGCUGUGCUAAUGCUGGCACCACUUCCGCCGGGGAUUUUUGGGGAAGUGCGGGCCGUUCUUCCAAGCAGUGCCUCGCGUACGCGCGCCAUGCUCUCUUUUGGUGCGGUGCCUCGUGAAGCGGCAGCGCACACUCGAGCUGGCAGGAGCCCAACGGCAGGCUUUGCGUCACAGAGUCGCCGCAAGAGGUGCAGUCUCCUUGAACAUCCCA